GCAGAGUACGUACCUCAACAUGACAAACGCUGCCUCCCUCACGACGAGGCGUGUUCUCCUGGUUGGCAUCUCCGGCCCGUCCUCCUCUGGGAAGACAACCUUGUCUCGCCUACUCCGCGACAUCUUCCCCUCUACUUUCAUUCUCCAUCUCGACGACUUCUACCUUACAGACACCGACAUCCCAGUCAGAGAUGGCAUUCAAGACUGGGAUUGCAUUGAGUCUCUGAAUCUGCAUCAUCUCCACGAUGCUCUCUCCUUCAUCAAAACCCAUGGGAACUCACCACCAAGUCUCAUCUCAAAAGAAGAUCAAAACUCUGUCGGAGACCACGGAGUGGAACCAGCCGUGAUUGAACAAUUGAAGCAGCACGUCCAGACGCUACUGGAGAAGUCUAGGUGGAACACUCCGAUCGCUAUCGUGGACGGUUUCCUGCUUUUCUCCGAGUCCAUGGCUGACAUCAGGCAAAUGUUCGACCUUAAGCUUUUCCUGCGAACCUCCUACGAAACUGCGAGGGGGAGAAGGGAAGCCAGGAGUGGCUAUGUGACUCUAGAAGGCUUUUGGGAAGACCCCCCGGGCUACGUGGACCGCAUUGUGUGGCCAAAUUAUGUCAAGGACCACGCAUUUCUUUUCCAAGGAAACGAUGUUCACGCUGAGUUGAAUGAAAGUGUGUGCCGUGACAUCGGAAUCAAUGGAAUGCCACGCAAUGCUGAAGAGAGCAUGACGGAUUGUCUGACUUGGGCAGUUCAGAUCCUGGAGAGUAUCAUCCAGCAAACUUCACCCUUGGGGAACGAAAUAGAUUAGCGUCUCGAAGGUCCCAAUGGCACACUAAACCUUGCAAGUGCGCACCCGCGUACUCCGCGGUAAGUUAGAUUAGCUAGCUACUGCCCUCGUACAAAGAGGGUGAGGCAAGAAACCAUAUCUG